AUGUCCGUCUUCUUGGCCGCCCUAUCUGCGCUUUCCAAUCCUGCAGACGCCUUUGUCGUCACGGGCAUUUCGGCAGGUGUCAAUAAUGCAACAGGUGAACGCCCCUUUAGACGUGACAUCAAUGAGCUUUACAUGUCCGGCCCCGCCUGGGACUUGUUCAUCCUCUCUCUUCGCGAGUUUCAACAAGCUGAUCAGGACGACCCUCUCUCCUAUUAUCAAGUGGCAGGCAUUCAUGGUCUUCCACGAGCUCCCUGGGAUGGCGUAGUAGGGCAGGAAGCGUCUCCCGGAUAUUGUGUUCACGGGGCGGUGACGUUUCCUACUUGGCAUCGGCCUUACGUGGCACUCUUUGAGCAAAUUCUCUGGACGCAUGCUCAGAGCAUUGCACAAGACUAUCCACUUGGGCAGCGAGACUCAUAUGUUACAGCGGCGCAGAGUCUCCGAAUGCCAUAUUGGGACGCGUUUAACAGCCCGACUUUACCUCUUGCUGCUUCGUUACCCACCAUCACUGUGAAUGGUCCCAACGGAACUCGGACUUUUGAUAAUCCACUUUAUAAAUACACGUUUCAUGCAGACGAAGGAGGAAACCGCUUUCCAGCUGAUAAUUGGCUAUCGCAAUUCCCUUGGACAGUCCGUCAUUGGGACUCGGCAAACCAACAAAGCAACAUAAUAGAAGUGAAUGCAGAGCUCGAACAUCAGUACGAUGCAGUGCUCCCACUUAUUUACAAGCUUUUCGCUUCUGAAACUGACUACACCAAAAUGUCUUGCACCACUUCAAGUGGGAACAGUAUUGAGAAUGUCCACAAUUUGGUGCACAAUGCGGUGGGCGGGAAUGGACAUAUGACUGACACUGUGAUAGCUGCGUUCGACCCCAUUUUUUGGCUUCAUCAUACCAAUGUAGACCGACUGUUCGCAAUGUGGCAAGCCAUCAAUCCUCAAUCAUAUGUUGUUCCAACCACUAAUACCGUUGGAAACUAUGCAGUGCCGAAGGGUUUUGUUGAUACUGCAGAUAGUAGUUUGCUGCCGUUCCAUUCCGAUAAUGGAACCCGAUUCUGGUCGUCGAACGACGUUCGCUCGAUACGGACGUUUGGCUAUGCCUAUCAAGAUGUCAUGGACUGGAAUACAAACCAAAGCACACUUGCCGGUGAUGUUCGAGCCAAUGUCAAUCGACUAUACGCUCCUGCUGUUAGCACCAGACAGCCAAGGAGAUUUAGCUCUGGAAGUAACACAGAACCGCCCGGUGCGCACCCUGAAUCCUCGCAUAUGACCAGCACAUUGAGAAGCAACAAAACCGAGCGACAGUGGAGCAUUACAGUCCAAGUGCGGAGAUUUGCUCAUCAAAGCCCUUUCCUAAUUGACUUCUUCGUUGGAUCCCCACCCAGCAGUCCUUCAGCCUGGUCAACUGCUGGGAAUCUGGUGGGCUCCCAUGCUCAUUUUAUUGCGUCGAAUCUGGACUUGACGCACCUGGAUGGGUCUCAGAGCGCCUUAAAUCACGGCGAAGUUUCGCUGACUCAUUGCCUCCUCGCCAAUGUGCAGAGAGGUGCACUGGCAGAUCUCGAACCCGAUUCUGUUAUACCCUUUCUGACAAAGUCCCUGAAUUGGCGUGCAAGAGACAUGGACGGUUGUGAGCUGGAUCUUGACUCUCUGGCAGCGUUAUCGAUAGCCGUAGGUAGUCAAAUUGUACGGCCUGCGAAGAUCCCUAAUGGAUUUCCAACUUACGAUGAGAUGGAGAUGUAUGCAAAUGUCACGGCUGGCAAACCUGGCGGAUGGGAAUGGAGGGCGGCCUAG